GACCGUCCACGACCUCAGCAUUACCACGAGCAGGCUCUAUGCUUCCGCCAAUCGCGCUUCCAACAACAUCUACCUUUUCUUUUACCGCCCCUUAUCCUGCGUCCGUCUCCCAACCGCCAUCACACCCGCAAUUUAAGCUUCCGACCAGCACGAGUACCCCAACAUCCCCGACAUCCGCGAAAGGCCAGCGACGUGUAUCGCUUGCUCUGCCGUCAUCGCCGCGUCAAUUCCCUGCAUGGUCUUUUCGCGACGACACGACCCUGAGGGUGGGCAACAGUUCCAAUGACGCGGCCGGUUCAUCUUCGUUGCCACCUGAGAAGAAGGGGAAGAUUAGACGGAUAUCGGACGAUGGAGAUGUCGACCUCGCUGAUGAGAGAGGUCCUGCGAUAUUUGGACUGACUGCUUUGCCACCUCCGGCGACCCCGAACACUAUCCCACUCCCUUCUACCGCUGGUGCCAGCAUAGCCGCUGAAGCGAGCGGUAGCUUCAACCCCAAGUCGGGUACUCUGCCUUCGCCUUCAAGCUCGGACCCACCCAAGAAGCUUCGGAAGAAAUGGACGAUGGAGGAGACGCAGAUGCUAGUGAAUGGCUGUAAUAAGUGGGGCGUUGGUAACUGGAAAGCGAUUCUGAACGACCCGGACCUGAGGUUCGACAACAGGUCGCCUGUGGAUCUGAAAGAUCGAUUUCGGACGUAUUUUCCAGACGCUUACAAGCUUCACUAUCCCAACGCCAAGACACAUCUUCCCUCCGCGAAUGCGUCCGCAAAUCGCAGCUCUAGCUCUACGAAGUCGCGGUCAAUGCUUCCGGAUGGUUCGCCACUUUUCCUCCAGUCGCGGCAGAAGAAGCGGCGUCCCUUCACGAUCGAGGAGGACCGCGCUCUGAAGGAGGGCUACGACAAGCAUGGGACUGUAUGGGCGACCAUCGUCAAAGAUCCUAUCUUCAAGGAGCAAGGUCGUCGAAGCACAGAUCUGCGGGACCGCUUUCGCAACGCGUGGCCAGAGCUCUACGCUAAAGCUGGCUACAAGCCUCGAGCGAACGCUGCGAAGAAGCAGAAAGUUGAACAGGAAGCAGAUGUUCUGCACCGAGACUCGCAGGAGGGUGCGCAUGGCUCUGAUGCGCGGCCAACGAGUGAACGUGGCAUGUCAGCGGGUGCAGGAGUAGAGGUGCUGGGCAACGGUGCUGAGCGUAUCCGGGGACAUCCUAUCCGCGCUGCAACCGACGAUCAGCUGCCUACCACCGGUGCAUCGAGCAUCGGACCCGUCCGUCGGAAACGACGGCACACCACGCAAGGCUUCGGGCUAUUCCGAGGUGGGACAAAGAGCAGCCCAGAGAGUAUGGCCAAUACAGAAGACGAAGCUAGCGAGUCAGAGCUAGACUGGGAUGGAUCGUUCGAUGAUAGUGGCAGACCUUCAAGUUUCUCGAACCCAUCUACAACGUCACCGGGGGCGGUCAACGCCGAGACUGCGGACGUAGACAUGGACCUGUCGUCGCAAGACCAGAGCAUCCCGGAUUUCGUGUCUACAUCAUCAUUAUCGAUAUCGGACCUCACCGACUCAUCUUCGCAGGCACACACCUCUUGGUCAGAGGUCGAUACCCCGCUCCAUCCAUGGUCUUCUGCACCCGCCUCUAGUUCGCAACAGAACAGCCAGAAUCGGACGCAGAGCGCGAGCACAAGCACAAGCAUGCCCUUCAAUGAUUCACUAGCCGCGUCGCCGACGUCUACCGACUACUUCCUGCCCAACUCACCGAACGCUCAAGCUAACACUGGGAUGAUUGGCAAGUCGGCAUGGGGCCCGCAGGACUGGCUUUCUCCUAAUCCAAGACUAGAUGGAAGCGGUGAUUCUUUUUCCAGCGGGAUGUUCUCUCCGUCACCAAUUGGUUCGCCGUCUCUGUUUUCUUCCUCCGCUGGACCGUCGCACCCCGUGUCUCUCGCUCAGUUGUCAUUCAGCCACCUUGCGUUGGCUUCCGCGUCUGGUUCGCAGGGCAACCCGUUCUCCCACGGCCACUCGGCGCACGUCCAUUCGCAGGCAUACAGCCACGGUGUUAUGGACCGUUACGACCUAUUCCCGCCUUCGUCGCACCUGCAUCACGGCAUGGACGAUUUCGAUGUCGAUACCAUCGACCUCGACUUCAUAUCCGAAGGGCCCGACGCCGCGAGCUCGGAUGUGCACUCAGCAUUUUCCGAUCCUUCCUCCGCAUGGUCUCAAGGGCGCCGCGGCGGGUUCACGCAUCAUUCGAAUUACGCUGGCGACCUCAUCUUCGGCGCUCGCACGCAUCAGCCUUCGGGUUAUCUCGCGGGCAUGGACUACGGGCUCGGCUUCGGGUUUGGCGCGGGAGGCACCGGUGCGAGCAUGGGGCUCGGGCUUGAAGGUGCGCAGCAGAGUGUGCUGCGUACACCCGCGCUGCCGGGCAUUGACGAAAUCGAGCUCACGAGCAUCUCGCUCAACGAUCCGCUGCCGAACGAGAAGGACGACAUGCCGAUGGCUCUGGAGGAGGUCGUCAACUCAAGCAUGGUGUCGUCGCCUCCGCCACCGGACGCGACGAGCGCUAACAUCGAAGUGCAGGACGCGUUCCAGCCGCUCAGUCUUGAUGACAUCGUCGGCAUGCCACCUGAGCCGGACGGCUCGUCGUCCCAGCUGCAUGUUACGGAGGAGCACGACACGAGCCACCACAUCACACCACCCGCAACGCCCGUCAACACGUUCCGCGCGUCGACGCGGACGCAGACCGGCCUCGCGCUGCAGCACCGCUCGGUUUCGGUCCCGCCAUCGGAGCACCGGGCCUUCCAGCCACCGCGGCGAUCGGGACAGAGCCAGAUGACGAGCCCGAAAGCGAAGUACAAGUCGCUGCUGAUGACGCCGACCCGCACGGUGUUCGCCGUGCCGCGUCUGCCUGCGCACGUCGUCUCGUCCCCGACAUCCGUGCCGGUCCCGCCUCCGCCGAUAAGCCCGCCGCAACCGCCACCGAUGAGCCGGCCUCCGCCCCCGGCACACGUCUCGCCGGUGCCGACGCUCGCGCCGCACAUGUGGCCGCCGGCGGAAGCAGAGAACAACGACCUGCCGUUCCUCGACCUACACUACUUCUCGAGCAACGACUUUCUGUCGAUGUCGGACGCGUUCUCUGCCGGGUCGCUGCAGCUCGGCGCGCAGGCGCUCGACCUCGCACGGGCGCUUGCACCGCCGCCGUCUCAGGGCGCCGGCGCAGCGGGCCACAAGCAGAUGUGUAUCGCCCCGUCGCUCGUGCAGCCGAUGCUCCCAAACGGUGGGGUGGGCGGCGGUGGCUUUAAGACUGUACACGCGCAUCAUCGCGGGCAGAGCGCAACUGCGGUCGUCUCGCCGCAAGACCUAUUCGUGCGCAGAGGGAACGAUAACAAGCGGAAGCGGGCAAGUUGGGACGGCGGUCCGAGAUGAUUGGCUUAUCUCCUGUCACUGCGUUUCAUUUCGUGUUCAAUCUCUCCUCACCAUUCUCAUGCACCCGUAUUUUUCCAUUUACGCCCUGAGCAUUGUAACCAUCGUUCAUCUCCCGUUUGCAGAUAUCAUCACACACAUGCACGUCUAGUCUACGAUACAAGAGAUUCGGUCAUGCGGAAUACUACAAUAUUGAGAAUCCAUUGAGAAUCUAAGAGCGAAGUGGCCGUGGGUGAUAACAAGGAGCCGACGCUCAGGUCAAUUUCGACGGCCCUGCGAUGGGCUGCGAUGGCUGGCUACCGCCAGACCGCUCCGGGCUCUGACCAGAGUCGCCUGAGGGAAUGAGGAACUCGAUGUCCUCGAACAGGUGGGGGAAGAAGAUGGCAA